AUGGAGAAACUGUAUGAGGACAAUCCCACCAUCUACCAAGCUGCCUGCCACAAGAAGCGGGGAGCAUCCUCCACGGUGGAAGUUUACAUAUUCCCUAACCAGCUCAUUUCAGCUCUGCUCCCCAGCCCCCACCGACCAGCAGAGCCCCAGCCCAUCCAUCUCCCUGCGGCCAGAGCUGCCACUGGCCUGACUGGUAUUGAGCAGCAAUAUGAAGAGAUAGAAGCAGCAUCCUAUGAGCUCCAGCGCAGCCUUGCUCUUCCUCACAUUCCAGGGAUCAAGAGAUUGCAGCCCCACCUGGUCCAGAGCGUUCCAAGAGACAACUCCUGCUCGUUGCCCUCCAGAAGCCUGGCGACCCCCUUCGUGGCAGAUCUUCGGACAGAGGCUGAGGGAGCACGGGCAGAGGACGCCAGAAGGAGGAUUCUUCCUCAGCCCGGGGCCACCUCUCCAUGCGACCAGGAGAAUCUGCAGAGGGGAAAAACGGUCCCCGAGCACAGGGAAAGCUACUCCGAAGCCCACGCCUUAGAGCUCGCGUGGUUCUCUUCAGAGGGUCCCUCAGGGCCUCGCUCAGAAUCGGAAUCUCGCCUUGGGAUUCCCCUUGCUGACCUCCCCUACGAGCGGCCAGCUGGCAGCCACUCCGAGACCUCCCCCAAAGGGCUACUCAGCACCUCCCAAGGCAGUUUAUUCCACUUUGGGUCACUUCUGAUUGUUGGAAAGAGUUACCUUAGGAGGAGCCGUCAUCUGGGGUUCCAACUUCUCCGGACAGCUCCUGGAUCUGUCUUGGGCGUGGCGGGACACGCAACAGGCUUCUAUCUACAGGGGCUUUUGGGAGACCUCCUGCCGAGUCCCAGCAAGAUUUCAGCCUCCAUUGGCAGAUGGCUGGGAUGUUUUCUCUGUCUUGUCCUGUCUCCCCCAGCCUUCAUCUCAGCCAGCGUCAGCGUGCUGACCUCUUCCGAGGGCUACCCACUGCCUCUGAACAGCCCUGAGUGGGCAGCCAGGCUAGGGCCCUCCCCAGCUGCCCCGGAGCCCAGCAGGCUGGACCCAGGGGAGGCCCGUCCUCAGUCAGGCUGGAAGAAUCCCCACGUGUCCAAUGUGACAGUUCAGCUGGAGAUGAAGAGUCUGUGGGAGGAAUUCAACCAGCUGGGGACAGAGAUGAUCGUCACUAAGGCAGGAAGGAGGAUGUUUCCCACCUUUCAGGUGAAGAUCCUGGGCAUGGACACGCUGGCCGACUAUGCCCUGCUCAUGGACUUCAUCCCCCUAGACGACAAGCGGUACAGAUACGCUUUCCACAGCUCUACGUGGCUGGCAGCCGGAAAGGCGGAUCCAGCCACCCCGGGCAGGAUGCACUUCCACCCAGACUCCCCCGCCAAGGGCGCCCAAUGGAUGCGCCAGAUCGUUUCCUUCGACAAGCUGAAGCUGACUAACAACCUGCUGGACGAUAACGGCCACAUCAUUCUUAACUCCAUGCACCGCUACCAGCCCCGAUUCCACGUGGUGUUUGUGGACCCCCGCAAGGACAGUGAACGCUAUGCGCAGGAGAAUUUCAAGUCCUUCAUCUUCUCUGAGACUCAGUUCACAGCUGUGACGGCAUACCAGAACCACAGGAUCACCCAGCUAAAGAUUGCCAGCAACCCCUUUGCCAAAGGCUUCCGAGAGUGUGACCCGGACACCUGGCCUAGGGCCCCAAGGCCUAUGCUCAGCCCCAUGCUCCGGAGCAGCCAGAGCAACCGGGCCCCACUGCUGAAGGAGGACCACCAGGAAGAGCAAGACCUGGACAAACCUGGCCAGAGCUUCCGGCCCAAAUUCUCCACCUCUGCCUCCAGGACCACCUCCCAGCUCCAUCAGUACCCACAGAGCCCUGUGCUGUCCAGAGAGAUCCCUGGGUCCCCCUGCAUUGGUGCUGCCCACCUGCCCCCAGAGCUCCUUCUGGCCCCCACUGGCUAUAGGUCCAUCUCCUACCAUGGCCCAUACAUGGGGGCCUCUGCCAGGGCCCGCUCAGCCCCCUACCCUCUCCCUGAGGCCAAGGUGCUGGGGAGCCAGGGAGCCCUACAUCUCCAGCCUCCUCAAAGUGUCUUGGGCCUCCUGGCAAGCAGCCAGGACCAAGAGUAA